AUGAAGAAUAUUCAACUUUAUGAAGUACAGUCUAUUCAUGGAUAUACUAAUAAUUUUGAUUUGAAAGAUGCAGAGGCGUUCUGUUUUGAUUCCUUAUCAAAUAUUGUGUACGUGUCUCUUCCGCAAACUAUUAUUGGCAUACAAUUAGAAACAAAAGUUAUUACUAAGAAAAUUAGUUGGGGUGAUUUAAGAAUAAAUGGAAAAGGAGAUACUAAUAUAGCAUCAUUUGUUCUUAUACCUGAUGAAUUUGUUAUUUAUAUAGUAUUAAGAAAUGGUGAAAUUUCAUGUUUAAGUCUUGAAGAUAAUAUUUUUUAUAAUAAAGGUCAAUUACCUGGAAAAGUAAAAAGUGUAUCAUGGUGUCCAGGUUACCAAACAUUUAUAGCAUGUUGUGGUAAUGAAUUAUAUUAUUUUACAAGAGAUUUUGAACUUUUAAAUCAAUUUGAUAUCAUACCAACAGAACCUGGUCUUGAUAAUUUAGGAGUAAAUGUUGGUUGGGGAAGUUUAGCAACACAAUUUCAGGGUGCUGAAGGAAAACAAAAAUUAUCUAAAAUAGAACUUGAAAAAAAACCAACACCUAUUAAAGAUUAUGACUCUGUGGAUAAUGUUAUUAUUUCAUGGCGAGUUGAUACUGAAUAUUUUAUUGUUAGUAGUGUAGAACCAACUUUAAUUCAAAAUGGUGAAGAUAAAUGUGAAAUAAUGCAUAGAGUAACAAGAGUAUGGAAUAAUGAGGGAAAGUAUAUGUCUCAAUUUGAAAAUUUGGCUGGAGCAGAACCUGUUCUUGCUGUAAAACCACAAGGAAAUUACAUUGCAACUCUUCGUGUUUUUGAAAAUGAAAGAUAUCUUAGAUUUUAUGAAAGAAAUGGUCAAAAAAGACAUGAAUUUAAUAUUACAGAACAAGCUCCACCAAAUGAUUUGAAAGCAAUUCAUAUGUCAUGGAAUUCUGAUGGUUCAAUUUUGUCUAUUUGUUUUAAAGGUGAUACUUAUUAUAGUAUACAAUUUUGGACAUCUUCAAAUUAUGUCUGGUAUAUGAAAUAUCAUAUUAAAACUUUUGAUCAGAUAUCACAAUUUGAAUGGGAUGAAAUUAAACCUCAUAAUUUUAGAUACUUACUUAGAAAUGGUAUGUUUGUUUCAGCUUCUUUAGAUCCAACGAAAUAUUAUUCAUUAAACACAACAACAUUUGUCGUUGAUGGAUGUAAAUUGAACGUGACAGAUUUCACCAAGGGUAUUAUGCCACCUCCAAUGUGUAAUUACACACUAACACUUCCGAAUUAUAUAUUAUGUCUUUCUCAGCAUCCAGAUGGUAAUGUAGCUAUUAUUACUUCAGCUCCGAAUAUUUCUUUGUUAGUUAAAAAUCAAGAUACUUAUACACCUAUUUCUAUUUUCAAUCUUGCGGAUAUGGAUCCUAUGGCUUUAAAUUUUUUCUUUUAUGAUAUUAAAUUUUCAUCACCGGAUACCAUUUCUUUUAUAACACAUGGAUUAGAAUACUAUAUUGUACAUUUUAAUUUUACCACAAAAAAACAUUCUAUUGUUUUAAGUUCUCAAAAAAAUAUACUUCUUCAUUUUCCUGUUCCAUCAAAUCCAAAUAUUUAUAUAUAUCAACUUCAAAAUGGUGAUUGGUUUGAGUAUAAUCAAUUAACAGGUGAAACAAAAGAAUUAUGUUUAGGUGAUAGUAAAGUAGUAAAACUUGCCAGUUUUGAUUCACAUAGAACUGAAUUUCUUGUUGAAGAAAAACUUUUAGUAUCAUUAACUAAUACUAAUCAAUUAUUACUUAAUGAAAAAAUUAUCGACUCAGCUGUUGGAUCUUUCCGUGUUGGAAAAGAAUUUUUAUUUGUAAUUACUUUAUCAAAUACAUUAUUUUGUAUUCCAAGACAACAAUUGUCAAAAUUAUCAGCUCUUCCAGCUAAAUCAAGUGGAAGAUGUGUAGAAAGAGGAUCUCAAAUUGUUGAUAUUGAUGAAAUUGGUACAAAAGUUAUUUUACAAAUGCCUAGAGGAAACUUAGAAACAAUAGAACCAAGAAUAUUACUUUUAAAUAAAUUAAAAAAGUUAUUUGAUAAUCAUAAAUGGAAUGAAGCAUAUAUUAUAAUGAAAAGACAUCGUGUAGAUUUAAAUUUAUUUUUUGAUAACAAUCCAAAAAUGUUUUUAAGUAGUAUUUUUGAAUUUGUUAAUGAUAUCUAUAAUCCUGAUGCUUUAAAUAUUUUUAUCACAAAUUUAGUUGAAGAAUCAACAACAGGAACAAUGUUUAUAGAUUAUUAUCCAUCACAUAUUAAUCAAUCAUAUCCAAAUAAGGUAAAUGUUAUUUGUCAAAAAAUAUUAGAAUAUUUUCUUUCAAUUGAAGAUUCAAACAAAUCUGAAUUGAUAAAAUUUUUUUCAUGUGUUUUAUCAUGUUAUGUAAAACAAACACCAAGAAUGUUAAAAGAAGCUUUUAUGAAAAUAAAACAAAUAAAAUGUACAUUAGAUAAAGAUGAAAGUUAUCGUUUUGUUGAUGAUUCAAUACGCCAUCUUUUAUAUAUGGUUGAUGGUAAUACUCUUUUUAAAGAAGCUAUUGGAACAUAUGAUUGGGAAAUAGCUAUAAAUGUAGCUGAAUGUUCACAACGUGAUCCAAAAGAAUAUACAAUAUUAUUAAAUGAUUUUCGUUCUAAAGAACCAUUAUCUUAUCAAAGAUAUUGUGUUGAUAUGUAUCUUGAUAAUUAUAAAUCUGCAUUAAAUAAUAUAGCCAUAACAUUAUCUGAAGAUGAAAAUAAUUUUAAUUUUCAUAUGGAUGAAUGUAUAAAUUUAAUUAAACUUCAAAAUUUAUAUUCUUAUAGUUUGACUGUCUUUCAAAGUACUCCACAUUAUACAGAAAUAUGUAAAAUUUAUGCAGAAUAUCUUGAAGUUAAAGAAAAAUAUGAUGAUGCUGCUAUAAUGUAUUUAAAAGGAAAUGUACCAUCUAAAGCAUUAUCAUGUUUUAAAAAAACAAAAAAUUGGAAAUUUUAUUUAGAGUAUGCAUUAGAAGAAAAUAUUGAUGAAAUUGUUAUAAAAAAUACUUUAGAAGAAAUGAGUACUCUUUCAGAGAUAAAAGGAGAUCAUUUUAAUAGUUAUGAAAUACAAAAAUUUUUAUAUGAAAAAUAUGAUCAUAAUGUUUGUUAUUUAAAAAAAAUGUUAUCUUUAUUAAUGAUAUCUAGAAGAUGGAAUGAUGCAUCAAUUCUUGUUAUAAAAGAUAGUAAAAGUGAUAAUCCUGUAUUGGUACAAUUAUUUAAAUUAAAAUUAAAAGAAAGAAGUGAAAAUUAUAAAAAAUUAUUUAAAGAAUGGGAGAAAACAUUUUUUGAACAUAGUAAUCGUCUUAUUGUUCUUAGAAAAGAGAAACAAGAUAAAAUAAAAGAAUUAGUUAAUGCUUCAAUGGUUGAUGAUGAUUUUGAGAUGCAAAGUGAAGCUUCCUCUACAAUAUCUUCAUUUUCAAAAAUGUCAAAAAUAUCUACUGCUUCUGGAAGAAGAAACAAAAAAGUUCAAAAAAAGAAAAGAUUUGUAAAAGAAGGUAGUCAAUAUGAAGAUAUUAGUAGAUUAUUUGAACUUAAAAAACUUUAUGCAAUUAUUGACGAUUUUCAAGAUGAAAUGGCUAACUUUUUACCCGUUCUUAUUUUGUGGGAUUUUAUUGAUGAUGGAAAAUUUUUACAAGAAACUUUUAUUGAUCUUCUUGAUAAUAUUGAAAAAAAUAUUAAAAUUCAUUGGCCUCAUUCUAUUAAUGCUUAUCACUUAUUAGGACCUAUUCAUGAAAUUUAUCGUCAAUCUGAUGGAACAAUUCGUAUGCCUGAUGCAGGAGAGAUGCCUGAAAGAAUUGCUGUUGAAAGUGAAUUAAUUCCUCCAGUUAUUAGAAAAAAUAUAAUAUGGCAAUUAGAUAUGUUAAAAUAG